AUGGGCGCCGCGACGGCCCGGGCCAGGGAGGCGAAGAUGGCGGCGGAGGAGGCGCCCCGGGCUGUCGGAAGCCUCCCCGGGCCGCCCUCGCCGGACUGGGCGCGGCUGCCCAACGAAGUGCUGGCGCUGAUCCUGAGCUGGCUGCCGCCCGAGAUGCUGGCCACGCGCUGCCGGCUGGUCUGCCGCCGCUGGAGGGACCUGGUGGACGGCCCGGCCGCCUGGCAGCUGCAGUGGCGGAGGGAGCCCUCGAUGCGCGCAGCCCUGGAGGCCGUCGGCCGCUUUCCCGGCCUGGACUGGAGCCGCCUGGGCGUCCUGCGGCCGCUGGGCAGGAACCUCGUCCGAAACCCCUGCGGGACAGAGCAGUUCCGACAUUGGAGUGUCCAAUGCGAGUUUCCUGAAUGGAAUGACGGGUGGAACGUGGAAAGGAAUUGGAGGCCCCUGGAAGGCGCCGAGGCCCAGACCUGCUUUGCCUCCUCCUUUCGGUGGUGUCAGAAGGAGCAGGUAAUCGAUUUGCUGAAGGAGGGUUUCUGGCAGGAUCUGCUGGACACUUACCAGCCUGAUAUUGUCGUCUCCGACUGGUGGGGUGGCUGUCAGGACUGCGGCUGUGUAUAUGAGCUCUCUGUUGCCCUCUUGGCAGCUAAUCAAAGAAAGAAGAUUGAUCUUUUUGAAGCCAAACCAGAUCCCAUCCCUAACGGGAAUGACGCCUCCUACCACAAGGUAACCCACACGUUCAGGAGAUACGGCCGCGGAGUCCGCUACGUACAUUUUAGACACAGAGGGAAAGACACGCGGUUCUGGGCAGGGCACUACGGUGCCCGGGUGACAAACUCUUCCGUCGUAAUCCAGUUUUCCUCGGAGUCUCCAGAAUCCCUGGACCCCGGGCUCGCUUCCUCUCAAUCUUCCCAGUUUUGCCUCUGAAAUUGUAUUUCUGACCUGGUGAAAAAUGAGUAUGAGGAACCCCAGGGAUAUUCCUGAAUAUAAUUGUAAAAUAAACCAUUGUUGGAAGGUUAUCAAUCAUUCUUGCAGAAUUUGGAGGAAAGACGUAAAUUGCUGAUUUGAAAGCCAGGGGUGAAGCUAACUUGCAGGGGGGGCGGCGGCAGGAUCGGAGUUCCUCUUCCUGCCCCCUUACACCCUCUGGGUGGGGGGUUUCCCUUCUGUUUAGAUAUGUGGCAACAUCACUCCGUAGCAGCAUCGGUCUACUUCAGGGGUAUCCAACUCUGGCAGCUUUAAGACUUGUGGACCUCAGCUCCCAGAAUUCCACAGCCUGCUGUUCUACUGUUUCACUUCCUCUCAGUGCUGGUUGUCCACACUUAUCCAAGCAAAAGUUACUAUAUCAACAUCUUUUUGUUUCAAGCAGGGGAAAAUGUGCCCAGCCCGCCAAGCCAGAGGCUGUUAGCAAAACAAUUUGUUUGGAUGUAAUCAGAAAGUCAAAGAUAACCAGGGGAGAAGGGAAGAGUUAAGCGGAUGCUUUGGGCACAAAAUUUCAGAUCCGGCUUUGCUUCUCUGUGGCUUUAAUAAAGUGUGCUUUCAUUAA